AUGUCCAAAAGAGGAACGUGGGUUUUAGACCCGAGCAUCGACAACGACAGGCUUGAAAUGCUAUACGGGCAGCUAGCGGGAAUUCUACUUCAGCUCUCUACACCCUCUUUACCUCUCAUAGGAUCUCUCAGCCAGAUCGAUGACUUCACCUGGGAAGUAGCACGCCGGCCUUUGUCAAUGAAUAUGAACGAACUUGUCCGUCUAGGAGGCUUACCGCGGUCGAAACUACCUGAGCUAUGUGCUACAUUCAAUACCUCUUCGUCAUAUCUCGAAGCGCUUGCAGAUCUCAAAAUUGAGCAUUUGGUCCACCAAAGAAAUGAUGCCGUGGAGUCUGCAGACGACUGUCGGCGAAAAUUCGUGGCGCGGCAGCUUUUUCGUAAGCUCGCUAGGGACAAGCGUCUCACAAACCCAUUGUUGGAGAAUGGGCCUUUCAAAAUUUGGUGUGAUGACUUACGGCCGGCUAAUGUGCUUCUCAAUGAGAGUAUGCGAAUUGCCGGCGUGGUAGAUUGGGUGUUCACAUACGCAGCUCCCGUUGAGUUUUCCCAUGCGCCGCCUUGGUGGCUGCUUAUUGAGAAGCCCGAGCUCUGGUCAAAAGGCAUUGAGGAUUGGACAACAGUGUUUGAUUAUCGUCUUAAGACGUUCCUCAAGGUGAUGAAGGAUUGUGAAGACACAGCAAUUCAACGGGGUAGCUUGGGAGAAGACCAGCGACUCUCCGGUCCUAUGCAUGAGAGCUGGGAGAGUGGAAAGAUCGACCCGCGAUUUUUUGGACCCACCGAAAAUCCCGAGGGCGCGUGGAAAGAGAGACUCGACUUGUUGGAUGAGAAGGAAAAGGAUGAGAUGGAACUACUGGUAAUUCGGAAACUGAAAGAGAUGGAUACUAGGACUCUGGCAUGGGACCCGGAUGAGUAUACCGUGGCUUUUCGCCAGCAAUUGAAGAGUCGGGAAGAAACAGAAAAGGAAGGAAAAGUGAGACUCGAGGACAACGGGUUGAAGGAGGAUGGUCAAUGGGACCGAAGCAACGGUACGCUUUGA